CAUUAAGGUUAACAAGUUCAGUUGUGUUCAAAAAGAAUUUGACAACUUGUGCCAAAAUUAAUAUUGAAGUUUCUGGUUUAUUAUUAGAAGCUUUGGCAAAUACACCACAAAAUGUUGUAAUAGUAUCAAUUUGGUUAUAUACUUCUAAGUUGCAAUAG